AUGGGAGAAUCUUCAUCUGAAGGCUCAAUGGACGAAGAGGAAGUGAUAAGAAAUUUCGACACAGAGGCUAAAAUAAUUGUUCGAAGUGAAGCUACUCCUAAAAAAUCUAGUGAUCGUUAUCUUUUGGUUUAUAAUACUUAUAAAAAGUGGCGAGAGGAUAACAAAAAUUCAUUGUCCUCCUCAGAAGAAAAUAAUUUAAUUGUUUAUUUUGAAGAACUUAAAUUAAAACUUAAACCACCGACUCUAUGGAGUAUAUGGAGUAUGCUCAAAAAAACUUUAAAUGUUAACGACGAUGUUAAUAUAGGUAAUUUUUUAAAUUUGAAAAGUUUAAUUAAGUCAAAUGCUAAAGGUUACAAACCUAGAAAAGCAUUCGUUCUCAGAUGGAACCAAAUCAUACAAUUUAUGAAGGAAGCUUCGGAUCAGACAUUUUUAGUCAUGAAGGUAAUUCUCAUAUUUGGAAUCUGCGGUUGUCUACGUUGUGACGAAAUCACUAAUAUCACAGUUCAAGAUGUAGAAGAUUUGAAUGACAAAUAUUUAGUGUCAAUAAAUGAGAAUAAAAAUGACUACGGUGGGCAGUUUAUAAUUGGUAGGGUGACAAUCGAGCCUCUAGAUGACAACUUGGAUUUUAAUUUGAAUUAUGCUGAUUUUGAUGACGAUUUCAGUAUUGAUACAAUCGAAUCAGGUUUAACUGGAGUAGCAGAGAAUGGGUUCACUACAGCUAGUAAUAAUCCAAUACUUAUUCCAAAUACUAAACCAAAUGAGACGAAUGCAAACAAAAAAUGCUUAUUUGUUGACAAGCCAGCAAUAAAAUUAAAGUUUCAACAACAAUCUGAUAUUCAGCCAACUUAUGUUCAACACGCCAAUGUUCAAUCACCUAAUGAGCAGCAAUCUAAUGUCCAGCCAUUAAUGAAAAAAUGUUAUUCUUUUGUGAGUUGGAUGCAAAAUCCGGUGGAUAUUAACCUCGGAUCUAAGGCGGGACCAGUUGGUGGAUGGGUAAAGAAUGAAAUCUCUGAAAUAUGUGUCUUGCGACAGAGCCAGACUUGGUGUAGGGUUUUGAAAAUUAAAAUAGUUUCGCCGGGAAUAAAAAAGCUGAAGAGGUUCGGGCUCCGGCCUUCCGGUAUUUACAUAAUGCCAAGGUAUAAUAAGUGGAACUCUCGCCCGACUUCCAUUACUAUUCCAUGGGGUUUACCACCCACUCCUUUCCAACUGGGUUUUUCCUCAACUCAGCUCUGCUCGGGAAUUAUCGCAACUGGUGGACCGCAACAAGUUCGAUUCGGUAGCUUUCAAGGAGUGCCAAUUACAGGCAUUGUCCUCCACCUUUCUACUGAAGAAUCGGACAAUGAGUCGUUAGAUGUCCUUUGUCGAGUAUUUAGUGACCUCUUACUUCGAGAGUCCUUGAUGACUCAGUUAUCAAGUGGUUUCAUACCACUGUUUCGAUUUUCGCUUCCUAAGAUUUCUCUGUUCCGAUGA